CGCUGGCCUGCGUAUAAAUGCGCCAGCGCCGCCCUCCCAUUCAGCAGUUGUUGCAUCGACCCCGUUGGGUACAACACGCGACGCAAAGACACAUUUUUACUCCUCUUUCUUCACGAUUUCUUGUCCUCCUCUUCCUCCUUAAACUCAAAACGUAAACAUGCGUGAGUGUAUCUCCAUCCACGUUGGUCAGGCCGGUGUCCAGAUCGGUAACGCCUGCUGGGAGCUUUACUGCCUGGAACAUGGGAUCCAGCCGGACGGACAGAUGCCCAGUGACAAGACUCUGGGAGGAGGCGAUGAUUCCUUCAACACCUUCUUCAGUGAGACCGGAGCAGGAAAGCACGUCCCCAGAGCUGUUUUUGUGGACCUGGAGCCCACUGUCAUUGAUGAGGUGCGCACUGGGACCUACCGCCAGCUUUUUCACCCUGAGCAGCUGAUCACUGGUAAGGAGGACGCUGCCAACAACUAUGCUCGUGGACACUACACCAUUGGCAAAGAGAUCAUUGAUCUGGUUCUGGACAGGAUCCGCAAACUGGCUGACCAGUGCACUGGGCUUCAGGGUUUCCUGGUGUUCCACAGCUUCGGAGGUGGCACCGGCUCUGGCUUCACUUCUCUGCUGAUGGAGCGUCUGUCUGUGGACUAUGGCAAAAAGUCCAAGCUUGAGUUCUCCAUCUACCCAGCUCCACAGGUGUCCACUGCUGUGGUGGAGCCCUACAACUCCAUCCUGACCACCCACACCACCCUGGAGCACUCUGACUGUGCCUUCAUGGUAGAUAAUGAGGCCAUCUACGAUAUCUGCCGUAGGAACCUCGACAUCGAGCGUCCUACCUACACCAACCUCAACAGGCUGAUCAGUCAGAUCGUGUCCUCCAUCACUGCUUCCCUCCGUUUUGAUGGUGCCCUCAAUGUUGAUCUGACAGAGUUCCAGACCAACUUGGUGCCAUAUCCCCGUAUCCACUUCCCUCUGGCCACCUACGCCCCAGUCAUCUCUGCUGAGAAAGCUUACCAUGAGCAGCUGUCAGUGGCUGAGAUCACCAACGCCUGCUUUGAGCCAGCCAAUCAGAUGGUGAAGUGUGAUCCCCGUCAUGGUAAAUACAUGGCCUGCUGCCUGUUGUUCCGUGGUGAUGUGGUGCCCAAAGAUGUGAACGCUGCCAUUGCCACCAUCAAGACCAAGCGCACCAUCCAGUUUGUGGACUGGUGCCCCACUGGCUUCAAGGUGGGCAUCAACUACCAGCCCCCCACCGUAGUUCCUGGUGGAGACCUGGCCAAGGUCCAGAGGGCUGUGUGCAUGCUGAGCAACACCACUGCUAUCGCAGAGGCCUGGGCUCGGCUUGACCACAAGUUUGAUCUGAUGUAUGCUAAGCGUGCCUUUGUCCACUGGUAUGUGGGUGAGGGUAUGGAGGAGGGAGAGUUCUCUGAGGCCAGAGAGGACAUGGCAGCUCUGGAGAAGGAUUACGAGGAGGUGGGGGUCGACUCCAUUGAGGGUGAGGGAGAGGAGGAAGGAGAAGAGUAUUAAAAAGGGACGUAAAGGCAUUAAACAGGAAAUAAUUAAAUGCAGUGAAUUCUUGAAUGCAUUCUAAGUGUUUGUCUUCAAUUAAGGUUUGGCUGUUGAAAUGUCAAAAUUGGCACUGAUCCAAAUAAACUUCCUGUGACGUGUGAA